AUGAAUCAAUUUCUACCCGGUGGUGUUUCCCCGAACCCUCAGGGCACUGCCUACCCUGCAGUGCAACCGAUGGGCAACAUGUUUGCACAGAUGCAGAUGCUGAAUGCGUUUAAUAAGUCGUCCGAUUCGUACUCGUCGUCCAGCUCCAAGGUCUCCAUCGUCAAGUACGACGACCACUUCAAGAAAAAGGGGGCAGAUUUUUGCUACGACAAACUCAAGCUCAAAAAGCUCAACCCGACUCCGGGUGCGACGCCACGCCUUGUACGAAUUUCCAAAGAAGAACUGAAGGAAAACCCUCCUCUCGCGCUCAAGUUCGGCGACAAAGACUGCCAUAUCGUCCUACCUAUCCCCUCGUACAAAGCCAUGUGCAAGGCUGCGGAAAUAAUGGUCAGGGAUUACUUGUCUCACGCUGGGAUAGGGACAACGUCCGCAUCAAAGAAAGAAGCCGCCGAUGCCAUAUCGCAAAUGCUGCUCGUCAACUUUGUCGAACAAUGUGGUUACGGUGACGAUGCGUUGGACGCAGCGUGUUAUGAUGCAGGUGUUAAAACAAUUCCCAACGAAACACAAGACGAACAAAAAACUAGACUUAUAGCUGAAGCAGAAAGUAUCACUCUAGGAGAUGGCGUUGGUGUUGGCACAGAUUACGAUGCGGCAGAUGUGGGUGACCUGGUCGGUCAUGCAAGCAGAACAGGUGGCCAGGAAGGUAAAGUACCUAACUAUAAGGCUGGCAUCACCCAGUGGAUGUAA